AUGUGGAACAUUCACAAUUCACAAUCCUUAGAUGAACACAGCUGCUGUAGUAAACCAGCUAAAUGUCUAGGCCGAAGAGCUAGCAAAACCCCAUUAAAUAGAGUUUAUUAUAGAUGUAUUAGGCAAGGAAUGAAUGAACUGGAAGAGAUGGCCACCUCCACCAAAUUUCAAAGAUGCAACAUGGAGAGAAAAAUGAGUGCUAUGACCUGUACAAUCUUUAACGAGUUACGUCUGGAGACAAAACUCUGUGAUGUGGUCAUCAAAGUCAAUGGAAUCGAGUUCAAUGCUCACAAGAACAUCCUUUGUGGAUGCAGCUCAUACUUCCGGUGAGUAGCUUCCCUUGGUUGGGACAGGUUGGGUUGGGAUGUGAUGGCCAGAUGGCAUUCCCAUUCUGGCAUCACUUGACUUUGAGAAUGAGAGAACAUCGGUGAUUUAUGGUAUCUCUGGCUUGGUCCAAAUCUCUGUAGUUAUUUGUCACUUUUGGGGAGUCCUGAGGAACUUCGUUCGAUUGCAAUGCUGUAGUGAGAAGAAUAUUGAGUCCUUGAUGAUGUUCCUAUCUCCCUGUGUUAUUAUAACCCUUGACCCUUGACCCACAGAGCUCUCUUCACAAGCGGCUGGAACAACGUCGAGAAGCAGGUCUACAGCAUUCCUGGAGUAAAUCCAGACAUGAUGCGCCUGAUCAUCGAGUAUGCCUACACACGUUCUGUGCCUGUGACUGCAGAGAAUGUGGAACCGCUCUUAGCGGCUGCAGACCAGUUCUGCAUCCUGGGGAUCGUGAGAGCCUGCUGCGACUAUCUGGAGGCCCAGCUCUGUCUGCAGAACUGCAUCGGCAUCUGCAAGUUCGCAGACUUCUACUCCUGCCCUGAUCUGCGCCGCCAGGCUUACCUCUUCAUCCUGCACCACUUUGAGAUGGUGCGUUUCUCUGAGGAGUUCAUGGAGCUCUCUCUGGCACAGCUCUGUGACAUCAUCGAGAAGGAUGACCUGAAUGUAAAGCAGGAGGAUGUUGUGUUUGAGGCGGUCCUACGCUGGAUCAACCACUCGCCUCAGGACCGCAAGGCCCACGUCUCUGUGCUGCUGCCCAAGGUGAGAGGUGGACAAUAGUGUCAAUGUUUUACUGCUGGAUAACUUUUGUAAGUUUGGGUGUUGUGCUAGUCAACUGCUAACCACAAGUCUGUCUGUCUGUGUGCUUAGGUCCGCAUGGCCUUGAUGACAGCCGACUACUUCAUGAACAACGUGAAGAACAAUACCCUGGUGAAGGACAAUGAUGACUGCAAGCCCAUCAUCAUCAGUGCCCUGAAGGCCAUGUACGACCUGAACAUGAACGGGCCCUCCAACACUGACUUCCGCAACCCUCUGACCCGCCCUCGCCUGCCUUAUGCCAUCCUAUUGGCCAUUGGUGGCUGGAGUGGUGGCAGUCCCACCAAUGGCAUUGAGGCGUAUGAUGCGCGGGCUGACCGGUGGGUGAAUGUGACCCGGGAGGAGGAGAGCCCUCGAGCAUACCAUGGAGCUGCUUACCUCAAUGGCUUUGUCUACUGUGUGGGUGGCUUUGACAGAGUUGACUACUUUAACAGUGUACGUAAGUUCAACCCUGUCACACGGACCUGGCACCAGGUGGCCCCCAUGCACUCACGGCGCUGCUACGUCAGUGUGGCGGUGCUGGAUGGCUGUAUCUAUGCCAUGGGUGGCUUUGAUGGCUACGUACGACUGAACACCGCUGAGUGCUAUGAGCCUGAGACUAACCAGUGGACCCUGAUUGCACCCAUGCAUGAGCAGAGGAGUGAUGCCAGUGCUACCACACUACAUGGCAAGGUGAGUGGAACAGAGGGACCUGGGACACAACACAACUAGACCACAAUUAAUCUGAGAAAACUUCAUGAUAGAUGAUUACUUUUGAUGAUAAAAUGUUGACAUGGUAUUUUCUGUAGGUGUACAUCUGUGGUGGUUUCAAUGGGAAUGAGUGCUUGUUCACAGCAGAGAGCUACAGCCCCCAGACCAACCAGUGGACUCUGACUGCCCCCAUGAGAAGCAGGCGCAGUGGUGUGGGGGUCAUCGCCUAUGCGGAGCAGGUCUAUGCUGUGAGCAGAACAUUCAUAUGCAGUACAUGCACAAUGCAUUUUAACGCCUUAUUGAGGAAGAGCUGAAAGUUGAGAAAUAUUUGACUCAAGUUUCCUCUGUCCUCUCCCAGGUGGGCGGCUUCGAUGGGGCUAACCGCCUGCGUAACGCUGAGGCCUACAACCCGCUGACCAACACAUGGCGCACGGUGCCCACCAUGUUCAACCCGCGCAGCAACUUUGGCAUCGAGGUGGUGGACGACCUCCUGUUCGUGGUGGGGGGCUUCAACGGCUUCACCACUACCUUCAACGUGGAGUGCUAUGACGAGAAAACAGAGGAGUGGUACGACGCCCAUGACAUGGGCAUCUUCCGCAGUGCCCUCAGCUGCUGCGUGGUGCACGGGCUGCCCAAUGUGGCCCAGUACGCAGCCCCCCGGGACUCCCUCCAGUCCCCCCGGGAAGAGCUGAUGCUCUCCGCCUCCAACAGCAUCCUCUCUGUGUGA